AUGUUCUGCCAGCAAAACCAGCAGAAGUACCAGCUCCCCACCAAGAGCCUCUCCAAAUAUCCACCUAAGCGCUUCCCUCAGGUUCCUCAGUUUCCUCAGUUUCCUCAGUUUCCUCAGGCCCCUCAGGCCCCUCAGGCCCCUCAGGCCCCUCAGGCCCCUGCUCCCUGCCUGCCUCCCGCCCGCACCCACUAUGUCUCCAGCUGCUCUAUUUCUGGCUUUGGAGGCUGCAGCUCUCUGGUAUCCCAUCGGUUCCCAAGCAACACCCGACGCCAGCCCCAGCCUUCCAGCUGCAUAGACGUGGAGCUUGCUGGAUGUUCCAGUUGCUGCCACGGUUUUGGGGACUACAGCUGA